GUCGCCGCCGUUCAGCCAACAGAGCAGCUGGAGGAGCAGGACACAGGAGCGGCUAACCUGUCCGGAAGAGGCCGCUGACAGGAGCACAGGCGGCGGCACAGUUCGCUCGGGCUGCUCGGGAACCGGCGGGUGCUAUGGCCGACAGCGUGGACACCUUCCUCAGGGCCAAACACCGCACCUUCAGCGGACUGACUGAAGAUGCAGAGCGAGAGUGGAAGGGACCAUUUUAUUUCAUCCAGGCUGCAGACCCCCAGCUCGGGCUGAUGAAGGCCUGGAAGGACGGGGACUGCGACGGAGGAGGAGACGAAUGGUCCGAGGAGGUGGAGCUCACCAAGCAGGCUGUGGAGGCCGUUAACCAGCUCAGACCUAGGCCGAGGUUUAUGGUGCUGUGUGGGGACUUGGUCCACGCCAUGCCAGACACGCCGUUCAGAGAAGGUCAGGAGAGAGACCUGAAGGUGGCCUUGAAGGGGACCGAUCCCUCCAUCCCUCUGGUGUUUGUCAGUGGGAACCAUGACCUGGGCAACACACCCACCCCGAGUACGGUGGAGCAGUACUGCAGUGCAUGGGGGGACGACUAUUUCAGCUUCUGGGUGGGCGGCGUCCUCUGCCUGGUUCUGAACUCCCAGCUCUUCUACGAUGCCUCAGCCUGCCCUCAACAGAAGGAGGCCCAGGAGAUAUGGCUGGAGGAGCAGCUGAGCAGAGCCUCCUCCUCAACGGAACCGAAACCCAAACACGUCCUGGUGUUCCAGCACAUUCCUCUGUAUCUAAAGAGCCCUGAGGAGGAGGACGACUACUUCAACCUGCAGAGGGCCGUCAGGCAAAACCUGCUGGACAGGUUCAAGAAGGCAGGGGUGAAGGCGGUCUUCUCCGGCCAUUACCACCGAAACGCUGGAGGUUGCCACGACGGCCUGGACAUGGUCGUGAGCUCGGCCAUUGGCUGCCAGCUCGGCGGCGACACCCACGGCAUCAGGGUGGUGGUGGUGACCGCAGACGGUGUCAUCCAUCGCUACCACAGCCUGGAGCAGCUGAGUGCAGGAGGCAUGGACCAGGACCUCAGGAAGCUCCUUCAGGCCUGAUGAAGUAGCAUAAACCGGAACCGCUUGGCUUUGUUUAUUUUUUUAAUCAAUGGUUUUAAGUGGAUCCUACAGAUUUUAGGCCCUGUCCUUAAGGGCAUGCUACAGGGGUUUUUGGAGAUUAGGGCGUUGGUCAACUCGUGUCAGAAGAUAAGAAAGCAAUUUGUAUGAAUGUUGAAUUUGACCAAUGGCCCAGUCUACAGAAAAUUGACAGAAAUGAUACAGAAUCUUAUGAUUAAAUGAAAUUGGGUUGACGUUCCCUCCACUGAAUGUUUUCCUUGGAUUAUCUCCCGGCAGAAUGGAUGUUAUUAUCCCUUCUCCCCCGCUGCCCUGACAGGGCCACACUGAGGCUGUCAGCUCUUCUGUGGAGAGGCUCCACCUUUCUGCACAGUCCUCCUCUAUCUGACGUAGCAUUGCGCCCUCCGACACCCUGUCUGUCUGCCCGUCUAUCCGUCCGUCUGCAGUGUAACAAGUUCAGGACAAUAUGCUCCGGUGUCGUCAGAUGUUGCCAGUGUAACAUUAAAUGUUUCCAACCUGUUCCAUCUCUAAAGGAAGAGUCCACCCUGAGAGUUUGAUCAGGGGCCUCAUUUAUAAAACUGCGGAGGAUCCAUAAUAAAAGUGUAAGUUUGCCCAAUAGCUGAAAAUUAUAUAAAACCAUGCACAUGCACACCUAUAUAAAACCUAUAUGCAUUUUAACGAUCCCAUUCCAAACAGCAGGCAUUAUUAAAUUCAAAGACAGCUGUGAUAUCCCCAAUCUAUUAAAUUUAACAGGAUUAUUUUAUUCCCUCAAGGGGCUUUUAGGAGCACAGUAAAUAUUAUACUGUGUUACCUGUUUUAGGAUGUUUCAGUUCCUCCCUUCGGGGUCGGUCUGUGAUUCUACAAAGAUCUGAGAUCACAGCUCUGUAGAAUCCAUAUGACUUGUUUCCUCUUAAUCCUUCCAUUCACGUAUACUCAGAGCCAGUGCAUCCAUCACGACAGCGUUACACAGUAAGAGUGUCAGCGCAGUGUUUAUGUUCACAGCAAUCGGGCCGAUUACUUCACACAUCAGUGGGAUCCUGUCGUCCUCUCUCAUUUGGAAACGAAAGCGUAAAAGGUAAACACUAUCGUUCUUUUUUUUUUUAAGCGGCCUCAAGUACACUUUGUGCGCUUUGUGCAUUCCGUGCGCCUGACAGCACAGUUAUGUUCACUGCAGGGAUUUUACACACACUAUGCAAACUAAAGUCGUCCCUAUUGAUACAAAGUGUUUAAAAACUGCUAAUCGUGUUUUCUGUUUUUUUUCUCAAAUGAAGGAUUUUAUGACACUGCUGGUUUAAUGUUUAUGAUAAAGCGGAUCUAUAAUCUGCUUCAAUUCACCAAGUCGCCACUUUCCGUCUCCAAAAGGCUCGAACGUAACUGGGUCAGAGUUGAACCCAGUCGCACACAAUGGGUCUGAAAGCUGUGCACAGAAUGGUUACAAGUGAGGCCCCAGUAGAGCUAGAGGAGGUGUGGACACACGCUCCAGCUUUUCAGUGUUGAACGAUUUUACCUCAAUGAUCCUGAAGUAUCCAGCUCCAAUCAUAGGCGGCUUCAACAGGGACACUGACUAUUGGCAUUGAUGAGAAGCAUUGGUAAAAAACAUGUUCAGGCUGAAACAGGUUUAAGCAGACAGAGUGUUGAUGUUCUGUUGAAAUGAGGCUCUGCAGGGAACAGCCGUGCAGUCAGGGAGCAGGAUGACCGCUGCAUCACUACAGGAAAGGGAAAAACAGGAAUUUGAAUCACUACAGGUUUCUUCAGAAAUGUCUAAACGCCACUAUUCCCCGUGACUCCGGAGACUGUCCACACUGUUGGAGUUUUAUUUACAGAACAUUGACACCGGUGUCUCAUGAAGAGAGACGGCUUUUUUUAACAAAACCUGUUCCAAUGUUAAUUUUUUAUCAAUGCCAAUAUUUAGUGUCAUUGUUCUAACCCCCGUACGGUCAGUCUUUCUACUAUUUGCUGUUGCUGCAGUGCUCUGCCUGGUUUGGCCAUCCUAUGCAAGCUAAUCGCACCACAAUAGUGUGUGGUUUGUUUGUGUGUGUGUGUGUGUAUUUUAAUGUUUAGCCCGGUACAUUGUUUGACUAAAAGAUGUGGCGCUGACUCUCGACCUCUCAUCCAACUGUGAGCUGUUCGUCUGUAGCUACUCACGCAGCCCUGAGUUCAAUGUCCAGCCUCGAUAGUCCUGUUUGGGGUCUUCAGAUUUUAGUUGGCUAGCGAUGUUAUUCUUAAGCAAUAUAAAAUGUGAAAAAAUUGACAAUGUUGUUUGUUUUUUUACGGAUUUUCAAGUUACAAUCCUUAAGAUUUCACUCCUGGUUGAAGAAAAAAUACAUCUGUGGCAAUAUUUAUAAUAAAAAAUGCCUCAAAUGUUCGCUGUCUUAUUUUGUUGAAGCAUUUGUGAAAAAGCCGCUGUCGGUUUUAUCCUCCACAACAAACACGUGACCUUUUCACAAUAAAAUUUGGAGUCUGUGCAGUAAGAGAUUGUAGGAUGGAGCAGAGGUGUCGAAGUCCCACUGAUAAACGCACUGGACUAAUAAUAAAGUCUCAGCUGUCAAUCGUGACAUUUCAAAUAAUUAAAACCCACAUUUUAUCAGAAACAUUUACAUUUGAACAAACAUCAGUGUGAUAAGAAUUACCCAAAAUAAGAGAAACCAUCUUUGAGAAUUUUAAAUGCUGCUCUCAAGGAAAACCAAUUAAUCAUAGAAUUAAAAAACACUGAUUGGCUGUUGUAUGAAAAUUCAGAUCAUACAUAAUAAACAUUUCAAGGAUUUUUACUUAAAAGUAAUUUCGACCUUCACAGAUGUCUGCCUCGCCCAAUAUUACAUGAACCUGCUCACUGAGCACGCUCCCAGUGUUCUUCUCUGGUAUUUGACAGAUUGCUAAUGUAAGACUUUAUCCCCACCUAAUGUCCUGGCAUCUUUGUUCGAGUCGUUUGUGUGCUCUCGUCUGGACAAAGACAUUUCGUAAAGCAAUAUUAAUACGGACGGGAUUUAAUUUUUGAAAAAACGGGAAAAAACGUCUUAAAAAAGAAUCUUCGCAGUAGAGUAGACAAGGCCUGAAUCUCAAGGAUUGUAACUUUCACGUCUUUUUCCUCUGUUGUGUGUUUGCCCAAAUGAAAGUGUCUCUUGUCAAACCUCAGUUAAAAUCUUUUUACUCCAUCACCGAUAUAUUUCUCUUUAGUGUUGCCACAUGCAUUCCAAUCAGUAUUUUUAAUGAUGCAAAGCUUCAAAUUUAAAUCACACCUAAUGAGUUUAACGUGCACACGUGUGAGAUCCUGACACACACUGUCAAACUGAAGGCCUGGUGUCCGGCUGAUACAAUGUGACCUGCUGUGGAGGGCUCAGUGUUUCCUGACUGUUUAAUCACAGCUCCAACAGCCGAACUCCCAGUCCUGAAAUUGUCUUUACAAUUUCUGCAACAAAAUGACUUUCCUCUGUGAGUCCUAAAUGACUCUACUCCAUUACACUUUCCACACACACACACACACUCUCACGCUCGCCCUGACCGACUGGGAAUGUAAGAGAGUUGUCAUGGCAACCCUUUAGCAACACAUCUGUGUGUGUGUGUCUCGGAGAGAUACCGCUAGUGUCGGGGAGGAAGUGUGUGAGUCUGCGAGCGUGCACACGUCCGUCCCUGAUACGGUGGCUACCGUAGGUGAUUUUCCAUCAGCGACACAAUCGCUGACCUCAUUUCACACUGACAGAUUCUGUCCAUUUCCCAAAAAGUCUGCAUGUGAUGAAAGGGGGGGGGGGGGGGGCGUCUGAGAGGAAUGGAUAAUGAGUGUGAUGUGUGAAAGACGACUCAGUCCAUCUCCUUCAUUUCCGGUCUGAGAAGGCACCUUAUGUCCUCAUCUAUUUUUAUGUCAUCACAGUAGCCGAGCUCAGUCACAUCGUUUUUCAUCUAUGUGUGUGUGCAUUUGUUUCAGUCCGUAUCUCACACGCUCUUGACCCUUUCCUAUGUUGAAAUGUAAUGAAUUACCAUACUGAACCCCAUGACUCUGACUGUGACACCUCUGGCUGUAUUUUUAUAAUAAAAGUUGAUUUUAUCUAAUGA